GAGCUUCCCACUGGAGUACACGGACGAGCCGGAUAGCUGACUGUUAGCUUAGCUUGUAGUCUUCAGCCAGAGCGAGCGAGGUGUCGUCAAGUGAAGGCCGGACAAGGACGCCAACAUGUCCAAAGACAAGAGCGACACAAUCAUGGAGGCGGGCGAUAAGGUGCUGUGGUACCCGCACUCCAAGAGGGACACGCGGAUGGACCAGUUCAGGCGGCAGGUGAACCGCGAGCACGGGCUCGACCUGGUCAACUACGGGGACUUAUACCAGUGGUCGGUGGACUGCUAUGCCGAUUUCUGGUCGCACGUGUGGAGAUUCUGCGGGGUGGUUAGCUCCAAACCCUACCACCAGGUUGUGGACGUAUCCAAGCGUAUUUCGGACGUUCCAGAGUGGUUUUUAGGCGCUCGCCUCAACUUUGCAGAGAACCUGCUCAAACAUGCCGAGCAGGACAAAGUUGCUCUUUAUGCUGCAACUGAGGCUAACGAGGAGAUCGUGAAAGUCACGUUCCGGGAGCUGAGGCGUGAUGUGGCGUUGUUUGCCGCUGCCAUGAGGAAGAUGGGCGUCCGCACUGGAGACAGAGUCGUGGGCUACCUUCCCAACGGCAUCCACGCGGUGGAAGCCAUGUUGGCAGUGGCCAGCAUCGGAGCCAUUUGGAGCUCCACGUCAGUCGACUUUGGGGUCAAUGGCGUUCUGGACCGGUUCUCGCAAAUCCAGCCCAAGCUGUUGCUGUCUGUCGCCGCUGUGGUUUACAACGGGAAAACUCACGACCACAUGGAGAAGCUCACCUGCGUCGUCAAAGGCCUUCCUGACCUGCAGAAGGUGGUCGUGAUUCCAUACGCUCGCGACAAACAACACGUCGACCUCUCCAAAAUCCCCAACAGUGUGUUUAUCGACGACUUCCUGGCAUCCGGUCGUGGCGAUGGCGAUCAUCUCCCCCAGCUGGAGUUUGAGCAGCUGCCCUUCAGCCACCCGCUUUUCAUUAUGUACUCAUCAGGAACCACCGGAGCUCCCAAGUGCAUGGUCCACUCGGCUGGGGGCACCCUAAUCCAGCACCUUAAAGAACACAUCCUCCACGGCAACAUGAGCAGCAGUGACGUCAUCAUCUACUACACUACCACGGGCUGGAUGAUGUGGAACUGGCUGGUGUCGUCGCUGGCGGUGGGCGCCUCGGUGGUCCUGUAUGACGGCUCGCCGCUCAUCCCGACCCCCAACGUCCUCUGGAACUUGACCGAGACACUGGGCAUCAGCAUCUUUGGCACUGGCGCCAAAUGGCUGUCGGUGCUGCAGGAGAGGAACCUGAAGCCUGCCGAAACCCACAACCUUCAGUCUCUACACACCAUCCUGUCGACGGGUUCCCCUCUCAAGCCCCAAAGCUACGACUACGUGUACCGCUGCAUCAAAAGCGACGUCCUGCUGGGCUCCAUCUCGGGCGGCACUGACAUCGUGUCCUGUUUCAUGGGUCAGAACCCAACAGUUCCGGUGUAUCGUGGCGAGAUCCAGACACGAAACCUGGGCAUGGCCGUGGAAGCAUGGAAUUUGGAGGGUAAGCCAGUUUGGGGAGAAAGUGGCGAGCUGGUGUGCUUGAAACCCAUCCCGUGCCAGCCCACGCAUUUCUGGAACGACGACAACAGCAGCAAGUACCACAAAGCCUACUUCUCCACCUUCCCGGGCGUCUGGGCCCAUGGCGACUACUGCAAAAUCAAUCCCAAGACGGGAGGCAUCGUCAUGCUUGGCAGGAGCGACGGGACGUUGAACCCCAACGGCGUUCGCUUCGGCAGUUCGGAGAUCUACAACAUCGUGGAGGCCUUUGAGGAGGUAUCGGACAGCCUGUGCGUGCCUCAGUACAACGCCGACGGCGAGGAGAGGGUGGUCCUCUUCCUCAAGAUGGCGCCCGGGAAGCCCUUCAGCGGCCAACUGGUGGCAGACGUGAAGGCGGCUGUCCGGAAGGCGCUCUCCGCCCGACACGUGCCCGCCGUCCUGCUGCAGAUCGCCGACAUUCCCUACACGCUGAGCGGUAAGAAAGUGGAGGUGGCCGUCAAGCAAGUGCUGGCGGGCCGCGAGGUUUCUCAGCGAGGGGCUUUCUCCAACCCCGACUCUCUGGACCUCUACAAGAACAUUCCGGAACUGCAAAACUUCUGAGCCACAAGGGAAGUGGCCAAAGAGAACAAAAGACUAUUGCCUUUAGCUGCUCGAAUGACCGGAGAACAGCGAACAACAGCCGUCGCCGUCGCCGCCAACACAAGGAGGAGGUACUCUUAGCUUUGCCGUUAGCAUUAGCAUGAGCACUUUGGUUUAACAUCAGCUGUCAUUUUAUCACAUGCUUGAACUCCCAAAACUGCGGAAUGCAAAAAAAACAACAACACAAAACAAAA